AUGGCUGACGCACCUGCUCCCGCUCGCGGCGGAUUCGGAUCUCGUGGAGACCGUGGUGGUGACCGUGGUCGCGGUCGUGGCCGUGGACGUGGACGUCGUGGUGGCAAGACUGAGGAGAAGGAAUGGCAGCCCGUCACCAAGCUCGGCCGUCUCGUAAAGGCCGGCAAGAUCAAGAGCAUGGAGGAGAUCUACCUCCACUCUCUGCCCGUCAAGGAGUACCAGAUCGUCGACUUCUUCCUCCCCAAGCUCAAGGACGAGGUUAUGAAGAUCAAGCCCGUCCAGAAGCAGACCCGUGCCGGUCAGCGUACGCGCUUCAAGGCGAUUGUUGUCAUUGGUGACUCCGAGGGCCACAUUGGUCUCGGUAUCAAGACCUCCAAGGAAGUCGCGACCGCCAUUCGCGCUGCCAUCAUCAUCGCCAAGCUCUCCGUCGUCCCUAUCCGACGAGGAUACUGGGGUACCAACCUUGGUGAGCCUCACUCGCUCCCCACAAAGGAGAGUGGAAAGUGCGGUUCCGUCACUGUCCGUCUCAUUCCUGCUCCCCGUGGUACCGGUCUCGUUGCCUCGCCUGCCGUCAAGCGUCUGUUGCAGUUGGCUGGUGUCUCGGACAUUUACACUGCCUCGUCCGGAUCCACCAAGACCCUCGAGAACACUCUCAAGGCUACCUUUGUCGCUGUCGCUAACACAUACGGCUUCCUCACACCAAAUCUGUGGAAGGAGACGCGACUUACCCGUUCGCCGCUCGAGGAGUACAGCGACGUUCUCCGUGAGGGCAAGAGGUACUAA